AUGAAAAUUCUAAUUGUUAAUGGAUUCGGUACAAGUGUCCGUUCUUUUGGGUAUUUCAGUGAGUUUGAAACCACCAUAAAAGACGUAAAAAAUAUAUAGGGGUUUAUAUUGUGCAGUGAAAAUUAUUCCUCUCUGAAAUUCAUAACCAAAGACAAGCGUGAUUUAUGUGACUUUAUUUACCAUCCUGAGCUAGGUUUUGAUAAUCAUCAAGCAAUUUCAAAUUUUGACUCUUUAUCGCUUAUUUUUAUAGGGAUUGAAGCUGAUAUUAGGCCAUGAGAAGCCAAAUGUAAACAAGUUUUAGCACUUUUAAGCCUUAUAAGGAAAACCAAUAAACCAUGUUUUUUAGAAGGAAUGGGCGCUGCUUGUUUUGCCUAUACUCUAGCGACAGAGCCUAUAUGACAAAAUGAUAGAGAAAGCACUAUAAUAAACAGAUCAGGCAGCCCGCUAAAGUAUAUAGAAGAAGUCAACGUUGACAGCUUUUCAGCUUAUAAAAAUAAACAAUGGGUGCUUGAUAAUAUCACAGGAGAUAUCUAUGAAGCUUGCCUUGUAAAUGAUAAUCAGGGAGAAAAAAAGCUGAGAAGCAUUGUAAAUUCUGGGAUGAAAUUAAAUAAAAAACUCCACAAAAUGGUUAACGCUAGAAACUUGACACUAAAUAAUUUAUAUGAUGAAAACCCAGACUCUGAAAAAAUUUUGAAGUGUAAAAUAACUUAUGAAGGAAAAUUGCAUUGGCUUGCUAAAAGAUUAAGCGUAGGGUAUAUAUAGAGAUAUGAGUUUUCUGUUUUAUAUAAAAAUAAUUGGGAUUUAUAUGAAGAUCUGCAAAUUGGGCAAGAAAAUAAGCUUGAAAUUAUUGGGAAAGCAGGGAAAAUCCCACUAAUUGUGGCCAAGAAAAAUGUUUCUGGGGUGCUAUUUUAUGUAUUAAAAGACUACCCAGAGACUGUGCAGAUUUUGUUUUCGUUUAUAGAGAAAUUUGUAAAAAAAGAAAGCCAGUUUUUGCAGGUACAAAAUGUGCUGUUUCAAAAGCCGGCAUUGAUGAACCCGAAGUUUUUCCUUGGGCAUAAUCCAAUAAAACUAAAUAAAAACCAGUACUUAGACUCAAGAGCCCGGCCAGUUUUUCCUAACUCUCCCCCCCUCGAAGUUCGACCAAGAUUUUUUUGGUCGAACUUCGAGGGGGGGUUAAGAAAAAUUUUUUUUAAAAAAAAUUAUAUAGAAUGUUUUUUAUAUAAUCUAGUAGUUAAAAAAAAAUAUUUAUCAUAUUCUUCUGUGUGUAAGGGUUAGAAAAAAUAGUGCAAGAUGGCUUUGUAACGCUUUUUUAGAACUUGAGUACAAAAAUCGCAGGCUCACACCCCACAUAGAUUAAAAUUUUUAAAAAAUUGCUUAUUUUCCUAGUAAAUUGAUAUAGGUCUUGGUCGAACUUUGAGGGGAGUUUAUUUUCCAAAAAAAUAGGAAUUUUCCCUGUUACUUGAUCGAACUUAGGGGGGGUAAGCAAAUCCCAUUUUUAGAGAAGUCACAUAAUAUUUUAAGAAUUUUAAGAGAUAGAAUUAAUUUUUAUACUGAAGACCCCAUAAAAGAUAGAAACGACAAAACACUAGAAACAGAAACCGAAAAAGAAAAGAAAAAAAUAAAAAUCAUAGCAAAACGAUACAAUUCAGUCUCAAGGCUAGAGUCCAGGAAUUUCAGGCCCAGCACGCACUCGCUAACUAAAGAUGGAAAAUCAGAAAAAUGGGUGCAAUUUGUAAAAAUCCCUAAAAAUCGGUCAUUUACGAUUGAAAAAGUGCAGUCUCCUCCUAAGCACUCAUAUCAUAUAAAGCUCAAUGCAACAUUUUCGCAUUCUUAA